AAUAAAUAAAUAAAAUUAAAAAAAAAAAGGAGCCUCUCAAACGAUCCUGGGAAACUGUAGGCCUCUGGCCAUCCUCCUAUGUGAGUGGGGACCCCUCCACAUGCUGCUCAUUGAGAUGGUCACCACAGACUGGCCUCACUGGCUCUCAUCAGAUGUGUAUAUAAAAUAUCAGCAGAAAAAGAGAUGCAAAACCAGGCAAGAGCUGUUGUCUCAGUAAAGGAGAACUGCAGAGCUGGCUUGCAGGAGGGAGACAGACUUUUCGCUAAUUCCCCUUUUGUUCCCUUUGAAUUUUGAAGCAUCUGACUGUCUUAUCUCUUCAAAAACAAAUAAAACAAAUCUUAAAACAAAAAUUGUCACAGCAUAUCGAUAACUAGGGAGGGACAAAGGCUACAAAGUAGCUAGUUGAAUGUAACUUCUGUGUUUUAAAAAAAUGCGUGUGUGACACCAACAAUGGGACACAGUGACGUCACUAACAUGCUGAUCGGAUGCACUGAGGACCCAGGACCACAUCCUUGGGGUUACUGCCCGAACCACCAAGCCUGAAUCUACAUCGUCAGGCAUCAGGCAAACUCUGAGGGGCGUUCUGCAAAAUGACCGGUUGGUACUCCUCCAACAUGUCAAGGUCAUAAAAGGAAAAGAGAGGCAAAGGACCUGUUUUAGAUGAAAGGAAGAUAAAAACCCCUGGUGGCUAAAUGUGAUUGUGUGGAUCUGGAGCGGAUCCUGGAGCAGAAGGAAAAAUUGCAAUCAAGGACAUGAAGACAAUUGAUGCAGACUAGAUAAUAGGACUGUAUCAACGUGAAACUUCCUGACUCUGUUGAUUAUAUUACGACUGUGUAAAUUAAUAUCCUUGUGUCCCGGAAAUACGUAAUGAAGUUUUUAGCAGUAAAGGGGCAACCUACUCUCAAGUUAUUAAUAUUCUAUAUAGAGAGAGAUAAAUGUGACUGCGCGCACAUCUGAGUAAAAGUAAUCUCUACACCUGACGUGGGACUUGAACUUACAACCCUGAGAUCAAGACAUGCAUGUUCCACCAACUGAGCCAGCCAGGCACCCCUAAGGUUCUGUCUUGUCACACAUGCUGCACGUGUGGUUUCUGAGUCCCUGCAGCCAUGAGGCUGCAUGCCUAGAGCCAGCACUGUGACUCACUGCGACUGGCAAUGGGAAGGGCUGACAGCAUGAGUGCUCAAGGAAGAAAAGAGGAACAGAAAGGAGAGAAGGAGAGGACAACAGGCACAUGUGCUCCUUUUUCCAGAAGCCCUGGGAUAAAAGAGUGUGAAAGGCUGCUGAGAAGCCCACGAUCAAGUAUGAGGACAACCAGACCAUGGCUCACCAUCUGGAGGAUAAUGGCCUAUGAAGCUGGGAGGCAGGGACAUGCAAACUACACCUCUGUGAGCUGUCACAGCACUGAAGCCUCUUGGACGCCUGGACCAUGGACCCCGGGGAAUGCACCUGCAUGUCUGGAGGAAUCUGCAUCUGUGGAGACAAUUGCAAAUGUACAACUUGCAACUGUAAAACGUGCCGAAAAAGCUGCUGUCCUUGCUGCCCCCCGGGCUGUGCCAAGUGUGCCCGGGGCUGCAUCUGCAAAGGGGGCUCGGAUAAGUGCAGCUGCUGCCCCUGAAACGCAUCCGUUGUGCUGGGGGCCGAGGCCCGGGAGCCAUCUGUACAGUGCCUUAGUCGAGAAGUUGGAAUUAUUGUACUAUAGGUUAUGCUUUUUAUAUAUUUGCUCAGAUGCGGUGUUGGUGAGCUUCAUGUAAAGUGCUGGAAAAAUAAAGGUCUCACUCAUGGUUGUCUGGUGGCUCCGAGCACUGUUUUCCCCUAAUCCAGCAGGACCAAGAAGGGCUGGCACCAUUGCAUACGGGAAGAAAAUAUCUAGACAAAACCCCGUAGAAGUUGUAAGAAGGAUAGUUAUGUCUGGCUGCAGGCAGAAAAGAAGACUUCCUGGAGGAGGGGGUCAUCGAAGCACUGUUUGUUGAGCACCUGGGACGUGUUCUGCAAUCUGCUUGAAGAAACUUCAGAAUGUUCACCAUAAGGAGUAAUAGUAUAGUUCACCA